AGUCUUUUGUUAUCUCAAGCUAACAUCCAACCCCAAUCAACAAUCUCAAAAUGAAAUUCGUCAUUGUUUUCGUCGCUCUUUUCGGUUUGGCUUUGGCUGCUCCACCACAAGAAUACAAGGAUGCUGUUGUCACCCGUCAGGAUGCUGAUGUAGGACCCGAAAGCUACCAAUACGCUGUUGAAAGCAGUGAUGGCAAGUCUGCUAGUGAAGAAGGUCACAUUGAAAACCUUGGCAAGGAAGACGAAGCUAUCGCAGUCAAGGGUCAAUACAGCUAUGUCGGACCCGAUGGUGUCACCUACACUGUCACCUACAUUGCCGACAAGAACGGUUUCCAACCCCAAGGUGCUCAUUUGCCAGUUGAACCAAAAUUGUAAGCUGUAUUGACUUUGUGUGAUCUGUUUAUCC